AUGCCAGCAAUUAUGACAAUGUUAGCAGACCAUGCAGCACAGCAGCUGCUGGACUUCAACCAGAAACUGGAUAUCAACCUGCUGGAUAAUGUGGUGAACUGUCUAUAUCAUGGGGUGGGACCACAGCAACGAAUGGCACAAGAGGUGCUGACACACUUGAAAGAGCACCCAGAUGCCUGGACAAGAGUGGACACCAUACUGGAGUUCUCCCAGAACAUGAACACCAAAUACUAUGCUCUUCAGAUUCUGGAAACGGUUAUCAAAACAAGAUGGAAGAUUCUUCCCAGAAAUCAAUGUGAAGGUAUUAAAAAGUAUGUUGUUGGUCUCAUUAUCAAGACUUCAUCGGAUGCAACAAAUGUAGAGAAAGAAAAGGUGUACAUUGGAAAGCUGAACAUGAUCCUUGUUCAGAUCCUGAAGCAGGAGUGGCCGAAGCAUUGGCCUACCUUCAUCAGUGACAUUGUGGGGGCAAGCCGUACUAGUGAGAGCCUUUGUCAGAACAACAUGAUUAUCCUCAAACUGCUCAGUGAAGAGGUCUUUGACUUCUCCAGUGGCCAGAUGACUCAAGUCAAGGCCAAGCACCUCAAAGACAGUAUGUGCAAUGAGUUCUCACAGAUAUUCCAGCUUUGCCAGUUUGUUAUGGAGAAUUCCCAGAAUGCACCUCUGGUCCACGCCACUUUGGAGACCCUCCUACGUUUUCUCAACUGGAUUCCUCUGGGCUACAUCUUUGAAACAAAACUCAUCAGCACAUUGGUGUAUAAGUUCUUGAAUGUGCCCAUGUUCCGCAACGUGACGCUGAAGUGCCUGACAGAAAUUGCCGGUGUGAGUGUCAGCCAGUAUGAGGAGCAGUUUGUCACCCUCUUCACCCUGACCAUGUGUCAGCUCAAACAGAUGCUGCCUUUGAACACCAACAUCCGGCUGGCCUACGCCAAUGGGAAGGAUGACGAGCAGAAUUUCAUCCAGAACCUCAGCUUGUUCCUCUGCACUUUCCUCAAGGAGCAUGGUCAGCUCAUUGAAAAGCGACUCAACCUCAGAGAGACAUUAAUGGAGGCACUCCAUUACAUGCUGUUGGUGUCCGAGGUGGAAGAGACGGAGAUAUUCAAAAUUUGUCUAGAGUACUGGAACCACUUAGCAGCUGAGCUCUACAGAGAGAGUCCCUUCUCUACCUCCACCUCUCCUCUGCUCUCUGGAAACCAGCACUUUGACGUUCCACCACGCCGACAGCUCUACCUUCCUGUCCUCUCCAAGGUGCGGCUGCUGAUGGUGAGUCGGAUGGCCAAACCAGAGGAGGUGUUAGUGGUGGAGAAUGACCAGGGGGAGGUCGUCAGAGAGUUCAUGAAGGACACUGACUCCAUCAACCUCUACAAGAACAUGAGGGAAACCCUCGUGUACCUGACUCACUUGGAUUAUGCGGAUACAGAGCGUAUCAUGACAGAAAAGCUCCAUAAUCAGGUGAAUGGUACUGAGUGGUCCUGGAAGAACCUGAACACAUUGUGCUGGGCCAUCGGAUCCAUCAGUGGGGCCAUGCAUGAGGAGGACGAAAAGAGAUUCCUUGUCACUGUCAUCAAGGAUCUGCUGGGUCUGUGCGAGCAAAAGAGGGGGAAGGACAACAAGGCCAUUAUAGCCUCCAACAUCAUGUACAUCGUAGGCCAGUAUCCUCGCUUCCUCAGAGCCCACUGGAAGUUCCUCAAGACCGUUGUCAACAAGCUCUUUGAGUUCAUGCACGAGACCCAUGAUGGUGUACAGGACAUGGCAUGUGACACUUUCAUCAAGAUCGCACAGAAAUGCAGGCGCCAUUUUGUCCAGGUUCAGGUUGGUGAGGUGAUGCCCUUCAUUGACGAGAUCCUCAACAACAUCAACACCAUCAUCUGUGACCUUCAGCCACAGCAGGUGCAUACCUUCUAUGAGGCAGUAGGCUAUAUGAUUGGGGCCCAGACAGACCAGGCGGUUCAGGAGCACCUCAUAGAGAAAUACAUGCUACUGCCCAAUCAGGUGUGGGACAGCAUCAUCCAGCAGGCCACCAAGAACGUGGACAUAUUAAAGGAUCCAGAGACGGUGAAGCAGCUGGGCAGCAUCCUGAAGACCAAUGUCAGGGCCUGUAAGGCCGUGGGACACCCGUUUGUCAUCCAGCUGGGACGGAUUUACCUAGACAUGCUCAAUGUCUACAAGUGCCUCAGUGAGAAUAUUUCUGCCGCUAUCCAGACAAACGGUGAGAUGGUGACCAAACAGCCUUUGAUCCGGAGUAUGAGGACAGUGAAACGAGAGACGCUGAAACUGAUCUCAGGCUGGGUCAGCCGAUCAAACGAUCCACAGAUGGUUGGUGAGAACUUUGUUCCACCACUGCUGGACGCCGUCCUCAUUGACUACCAGCGCAAUGUCCCUGCUGCACGUGAGCCCGAGGUCCUCAGCACUAUGGCCACUAUCGUCAACAAGCUGGGAGGACACAUUACCAGUGAGAUCCCCCAGAUCUUUGAUGCUGUCUUUGAGUGCACCCUGAACAUGAUCAACAAGAACUUUGAGGAAUAUCCAGAGCACAGGACCCACUUCUUCUACCUGCUCCAAGCCGUAAACUCCCACUGUUUCCCUGCAUUCCUGGCUAUCCCCCCUGCCCAGUUUAAACUGGUGUUGGACUCCAUCAUCUGGGCCUUCAAGCACACCAUGAGGAACGUUGCUGACACUGGUCUGCAGAUUCUCUAUACGCUGCUGCAGAAUGUGGCCCAGGAAGAAGCAGCUGCUCAGAGCUUCUACCAGACAUAUUUCUGUGAUAUCCUGCAACACAUUUUCUCUGUGGUCACUGAUACAUCACAUACUGCUGGCCUGACCAUGCACGCCUCCAUUCUGGCGUACAUGUUCAACCUGGUAGAAGAGGGGAAGAUCACCACAGCACUCAAUCCGGCUAGCCCCACCAACAACCAGGUCUUCAUCCAGGAAUAUGUGGCCAACCUGCUCAAGACAGCAUUCCCUCACCUCCAGGAUGCCCAGGUGAAGGUGUUUGUGACUGGGCUGUUCAGCUUAAACCAGGACAUUCCUGCCUUCAAGGAGCACCUUAGGGACUUCCUAGUCCAGAUCAAGGAGUUUGCGGGUGAGGACACCACAGACCUGUUCUUGGAGGAGAGGGAGGCGUCGCUUCGCCAGGCCCAGGAGGAGAAACACAAGAUCCAGAUGUCUGUCCCGGGCAUCCUCAACCCCCACGAGAUCCCUGAGGAGAUGUGUGACUGAGCACCAGCUCAACCAAACUGUACAGUCCUACAAACAAACAAACAAACAAACAAAAAUAAACCCUAACCACAGCAAACACAACAAAAACCCAAGAGAGAGGCGUUUGAGUGCGGUGGGAAGCCCCUCCCCCUCUGCAGUGGUAGAGUGGGCCGUCCCACUGGAUGUUUGUUGACCAAAACAAUGCCAAUAAUAUGUACAUGAUUACCGCGUCACCCUGUGGCCCUUUUUACAUUAUAUGCGUUUUCUAUGGAGACUUUUUGUGUAAUAUCUUUCCAAAACUGUUAAUCUGAGCUUCUGUUUUGUUUGAUCUAUGGCCCAUCCCAACAGCUGCAUGAUGAGGUUGUAACAAUUAGGACAAGUUAACCAUUUUGUUUUGUUCUCCUCUUCCUCCCCUGCUCUGUUUUUUUCCUUUACUCCCUAUUCCCCAUAUAUUUGUUUAUAUAUAUUAUAUAUACAGCAGAGUUUUUGUGAAAAACGGCAUAUGUGUCAAGUCAUCAGAAUAGAGGCUUCUAGACCUGUGGCGUGACAGACAGGAGGUGGAGAAGUUUUCUAGAGGCGCGUGCACCGCUCGCGGUGCCCCACUGCACUGUGGGAGAAUGUGAAUCUAACAGAUAAUGAAUGAAGGUCUGAGAGAUGCUGCGUCAUGCAUCAGGAUCAGCAUCCAUUGCUCAUGAGUUAUGCUUAACUUAAAAAAAAGUUUGGCCGUAGCCAGGCAGGAGGGUUUUUUUAGGGAAAGCAAAACAGAUUGUGUGCAUAUCAUCCCAAUUGUAUAGCAUCUUUAAUACCAUGGGAACAUAAUUGGUUAUUUUUUCCUUUUAUUCUAUUGUUUCUUUUUGUUGUGGGUGUGUGCGCGUGUGUGCUGUCGCCUAGUCGACAUCAGCGUUUUGUUUUCCUCUAAGAGGAUUGUUGCUCAUUUGUGAGCCUUCAUUAAUGGGAUGUUUUAAGGAAGUGGUGGAGAUAUUUAUGGGUUCUUGGUUGGUUGCAUCUUUAUAACAACUCCUGUUUAACUCAGACGGCUUUCAAGAUUUUGAAUUGUACUAAUUUACAUUGUUUACCAUGCUGUAGUGCUUCAAGACACUACCUUUAGAGCAAAAUGAAAUAAAACUGGGUUUACAUUUAAUUUUGUAUUUUUGCAUUUUCAUUUGUACCUGUUUUAAGUUCUAUCCAAAUAAACAAAAGGCUUUUGUCCAGAGAGCAAAUUAAUUGCCAACGAGUUUAAUUAGGCAAAGAAUGUAUAAAUCCAAAUAAGUACCCAAUCUCUAAUGGCAAAUUUCCCUUCUCAAAGUGUUACAUUUGUUGUGAACUUUUUGAACUGAUUAAAGUUGAGAAUUUUAUAACUCUG